AGAGCCAAUCAGCUCGGUCGCAUUGCCCGGGAUCUCUUUUGAAAGUCUCAAAUAAUUGAUCGAUUAUAAUGUUAACCUUACUCGAUCGAUCCUAUCGAUAUCUUUUACUGUUUUUUGUUACUUGGAAAGCUCUUCUACUUCUCCUGGUCGUCUUCAGUCCCGGUCCUGCGUAUGAUACCUCGACCGCCUUACUGGCGCUGGGCCGUAAUGCAGCUAAUACAGACCGCCAUAGAUUGUUGACACCAAUAUUGGGCUUGCUUACCACUAAUUUAACCCGAUGGGACGCUAUCUAUUUUACAGAGAUCGCUCGUCGAGGCUGCCUGUUUGAGCAAGAAUGGGCAUUCAAUCUUGGGUUCGCAAGCCUCAUCAGAACCUUAGUUAAUAUUCUCCGACACGCAGCCGGCAUAAGCUAUGCGUUAAUAGAGAGUAUUAUUGGCAUCACCGUAGCUCAUGCAGCUCACGGUAUAUCGGCUUUUGUGCUGUACAGUCUAGCACGUGCUAUAUUUCCUGGAAGGAAGGGCCGCAACCUUGCAUUUAUCGCCGCAUGUUUACACAUCUUAUCGCCUGCUGGACUAUUCCUAUCGGCUCCUUAUGGCGAGAGUACCCACGCUCUCUUGAGCUUCAUGGGUUCCCUCUUGUUUGUACUGAGCUUUAGUUAUUCAGGGGUUCCCUCGACUCUCUAUGAUACCUUGCUCCUGCUAUCUGGUAUCUUGUAUGGAUUAGCAACAGCCGCUCGCAGCAAUGGUCUCUUAAAUGGCAUUAUUCUCUUUGAGGAAGCCGUAAGGCUCCUGCACUCAAUGACUAAGGGGAUUACCUUCGCCAAAACCCGUCGACUAAUCGCUGUUGGCAUGGCUGGGAUCUGCACGGGCCUCGGAUUUGUGAUACCGCAAUAUAUUGCUUAUGAGCAGUUCUGCGUGGAUAACAGUGAUCCAAGGGUAUGGUGUCUUAAGACUGUUCCCAGCAUCUAUAGCUUCGUUCAAGACUAUUACUGGAACAAUGGUUUUCUUCGGUAUUGGACUCUGUCCAAUAUCCCCCUGUUCGCUUUAGCUGGCCCAAUGCUGGCAAUCAUGACAUACUCUGCUAUUUGGACACUCAGUGUGGGAUCGGAUAGACAGAAAAGGGGCAAUGGCAAAAGUUCCUCUAAUAUGUCCAAAACGCAAGUUCACUCGGAGGCGCCAUUAACAGGUCGUCUAUUGCGUAGUCUAGCGGUUCCCCAGAUAACCCUAGCCAUCCUGACUUUCCUGAAACACCACGUUCAAAUAAUCACACGCAUGUCCUCAGGCUAUCCAGUGUGGUAUUUCUGGCUAGCACAUGCUCUAGUUGAGGGGCACUCGCUAGCGUCAUCGGAGAAAGUGGACGUAUGCCGGGGUAAGAAGGAGACUCGGAUCAUGAAUCAGUACCGGUACGCACGCAUGACUGUCUUCUAUAUGAUAGUCUAUGCCCUUGUUCAAGGGGCUCUUUUCGCUUCUUUCUUACCCCCAGCGUGAGAAACUUGCUUACGAGCAACAAAUGCUAUACAAUUACCUCACCAAGCUUAAAGUCUUUAACCGUUUGCAGUCAGCUUGACUAGGUGGCCCUGUGGUGUUGCUACCUAUUGUCAGCAGUAAGCCAUAGUAGACGGUGGGUAAACAAUUAGUCAACUUAGCUAAUUCUAUUAACCAACCUAGAAGCUAUUGGGUUUAAGGCACUUGAAAUAGAUGGUGCCUGGUAUGCUGGUCACAGGAAUUGCCUGCAGCAUAUCCACUUCCACAGCCGACUUAGCAA